CACGCCCGUGCCGUCGGUCGAAUAGACCCAUCGAUCAGACGUUUCGUACGUGCACGCCGAGCAGUACUACUACAACGUAACCCGAGGAAAACAAGGCUACCUAGCUAGGCUUCCUCGGUGGUGGUGGUGGUGGUGGUAGCGGCGGCGGCGGGUGGGGGAGGACGAGGUCGGCGAGCAAUCCCGUCGGGCCGGCGAGUUGGGUGUCGACUGUCGAGAGAGGCGUCGGAGCCCCGGCAGUAGCGCCGCACGCGGUGUAGCGAGUGAGUGGUCAAUCAUCAAUGCGCCCGCAAGUAAACAUUUCCUCCCCUCUGACAACCGCCGUUCUACGGAGCAGGCCACCGCUUUUCCCUUCACACCGCGGCGGUAAAAAAAAGAAAGAUACGUGCUCUCUCUCUAGCUCUAGCUCUACUGCCUGGGAUCCUACUCCUGCAAGCACUGUGCACAGGGAGACAGCACAAGGAAGCGAAGGUGAGGACGCAGGGCAUGACGGCUCCUUAGUCAGAGAGUCCAAGGAAAAACAAGCAGGGGAAGCGGAAGCGGAAGCGGAACGGGGGCGCACCGCUCGCCAAGACAGCGAGGCGGCAGCCAUGGAGGUAGAGCCACCGGCAGCGCCGCUGCAGAAAUGCGGCGUCGGCGGGGAGCAGCCGGCCCACGGGACCCCGAAUCGGCAGCGGGAGCCGGAGGAGGGGGCGCCGCUGCGGCGGGAGCUGGCGGCCGCGCGGGCGAGGCGGAGAGCGGACCGCGCCACGCCCUCGCCGUCCUGGAAGCUCGAGGCGUCGCCGCCGCGGCCGGAGGAGCCUGCGGCGGACGCGGCGGCGGCGGGGAGGAGGAGCUCGUCGGGGGCGUCCGCGCGGCAGCUGGGCGCCACCCUGUGGGAGAUCCAGGACGUCAUCAGGGCCGCGGGCGCCGGCCGCCGGAUCCGCAGGCGCGCGCGGAGGGGGCCCGCCGCGUCCCCCCUCCACGGCGGCGACGACGACGUGGAUCGGCCACAUAUUUCAGGUGGCUGUGGUAGGGAUCUUUCAGCACCAUUGAUGGAACAUGAAAAGUUACAUGAAGAUCGAUGCCAUUCAAGGCAGUCUCUUUCUCCUGCAAGUUACACUAGCUCAAUUGGGGCUGCUACCAUAAACCUCGUCAGUCCUACUCGGUCAUUGAAUUUCCGGGAUAGAUACAGGGAUGCAGGUUGCAAUCUUAAAACAUCAACAGAGCUAUUGAAAGUUCUGAAUCGUAUUUGGAGCUUGGAAGAACAGCAUGCUGUUGAUGUGUCAACCGUUAAGGGACUGAAAUUGGAGUUGCAGAAUACACAGGCACGUGUUCAAGAGCUUACACAAGAAAGGCAGCGAUAUCACUAUGAAAUUGAGUCUCUGGCCAGGCAAGUCACUGAAGAUAAAAUGGCUCGGAAAAAUAAGGAACAAGAGAAGCUUAGAGCAACCCUUCGUUCACUGCAAGACGAACUUGAAGCUGAGAGACAUCUGAGGAAACAUUCUGAGAAUCUCCACAGGAAGCUAGGAAAAGAAUUGUCUGCGAUGAAACCAGCAUUUCUCAAGGCUGUAAAGGACCUGGAGAAAGAGCAGAAAGCAACCCGCCUGUUGGAAGAUCUUUGCGAUGAGUUUGCGUUAGGAAUCAGAAACUACGAAGAGGAAGUGAGGGUGUUGAAGCAAAGGCAUGUAAAGGAGUAUGAACACAAGACUGAUAAGCUGGUGGUUCAUAUUUCAGAAGCAUGGCUCGACGAGCGAAUACAGAUGCAAAAUGCCGAUGCCAGGGGAGAUUCAGAAGGGAAAACCUCAAUCACGGAGAGGUUGAGCGGUGAAAUACAGAGUUUCCUUCAUGGUAGAAGAUCAAGCAACUUAUACGGCGUUAACAAACAUACUGGUAAUGAGAAGGGGGAUGCAAGCUUGUGUCGACAGUCCCUUGAAUCUCUGCACCUAAAUGGAGCCACCAGUGCCCCUCAGUUAGCUGAAGAUGAUGAAAAUUCCGUUGCUAGCGACUUGCACUGCUUUGAGUUGGACAUGCAUGGAGACGCUGUGCAGACUCAUGAGCUCGCAGGAACUCGACGAACAGUCGCCGACUGCAUGUAUUCACCAAUGAGAAGACUGGAGUUCUCCGAUGGUGUGUCGGUUGAGGGCUCAAGGAUCUCAACCGCAAGGCCUCGUUCAGAAAAAGGCAAGGUGAAGCCAAGCAGCAGCAAAGCACAGCUGAAUACUUCGACACCAGAAAUCAGCUCUCGCAACUGCGACAAGAUCGAUCCCAUAGAUGAGCAGAAUGAAACGGUCAUGACCCAAGUUUCUCGGCGGUUGCACGAUGACCUGCUGAAGAUCAAAUCAGAGGCUCCUCAACAUGCAUUUCUAGAGCGAAAGCCCCACGACCAUCAUCCCCGGACGUAUCAGUUUCGUGAAUGUGCUACUUCAAGUGAUCUACUACACAAUCUGCACAGUCCAGCCCGGCAGCUGAAGAAUCAUCAACGCGCGUCGUUAGACUACCAAAGAUCUGAAUGUGCCACCACAGGUGACCUACUCGGGCUGCGCAGUCCAUCCUGGCAGCUGAAGAAUCAGCGCGCGUCCUUAGACUAUCAGAUGUCUGAAUGUGCCACCACAGGUGACAUGCACAACCUGCGCAGUCCAUCACGGCAGCAGAAGAAUCAUCAUCGGUCGACGUUGGAUCAUGAAAUAUCUGAGUCCUCGCCGGCGCGGUCUCUCGGCUCAAAAGACAAUACACUUAAGGCGAAGUUACUGCAAGCGAGGCUAGAGGGGCAGCAUGCCCGGAUUAGGGCGUCGGGCUACCCCUUGAUCAGCACAAGAAGGAAAUGAGAACACUGACUGGCUGAGCUUCCCUUGGGCUAAGCUUCCAUGAUGUAGUUUCCUACAGCAUGGAGUUGGCAUUGUAAGAUAAGACAUCUGACUUAAUGUGCUUAGAAUUUCAUGCGCGUCGUCUCGGGUCGUGGGAUGUGUGGAAUUUGUAGCUGCAUUGGGGAAGUGAGACCCAUUGAGUAGAUUUGCAUCCUUCAGUCUCAUCCGGCUAUAAUUGAAUGAUUGAAUGUAUGUAGUAGAGAUGGACUUUCGGUAA